GCCCCACCGUGUCUACCGCCGGCCACUGAAAUCUGUCCUACGAAAUGUUCAGGAGAGUGCAGGGUGUUUGCUUCAGAAUGUAUACGGAGGGUGAAGCUAAGAAAAUAGGACUGGUUGGCUGGGUGAAUACCAGCAAAGGCAUUGUGACAGUUCAAGUUCAAGACCCUGAAGACAAAGCCAAUUCUAUGAAAUCCUGGCUGAGCAAGGUUGAGAAUCCUGGUUCUCGCAUUGACUGCACAAACUUUUCUAAUGAAAAAAGCAUUUGCAAACUUGAAUACUCCAACUUUAGAAUUCGAUAUUAA